ACUAACACGUCCUUCCCCUUCGCUGUGUGUUGGGUUCGGUUCGCUUGGCCGCCUCCGCCUCCGCCUCCGCCGCCGCCUCGCCCCCUCCUCGCGCGCGGCGGAAGCCGGCGGCCAUCCACCACACGGCUCCGGCUGCGGCUGCGCCCGACCAUCCUCCUCCUCGUACUCUAGGGUUAGGGUUUCCAGCGCCGGGCCGGAGGGGACCGUCCGUCGAGGUUUGCCGAGGCGGGCGCGCGUCGAAAUGCGGAGGCCACCGGCUGCCGGCGCGACGUGCCGGCGUUUCGCGAUCCGGGGGUUCGUGGCGGUGUUCCUCGUGUACGUGCUCGCGGCGCUCGCGCUCGAGUCGCCGCUGCUGGUGGUGCCCACGCCCGUGCCGGGAGCCGGGGCGGCCACCGCGGCGUCGCGGCCGCUUCACCUCGAUGGCUCGGGCGAGCGCGGGCGCGGCAGCGCGCCGGCCCGGCCGUUGAAGCGUCCCCACCGGGAGACGCUCUCGGCGGCGGGGAGGUCGUCGAGGCGGCUGCCCGGGAUCGUCUCCGGGCUCGACCUCCGCCGCCUCAACGCGACCCGCUCCGGCUCGCUCCGCAAGGUCGCCGCGGAGGCCGCUGCGGCCGGGGCUCGCGUCUUCUCCGAGCUGCAAACCCUCGCGGGCACCGUGACUGAGCUGGAUGCGACCGGGGAGGAGGAGAGGAGCAGGUGCCCUCACUCGAUCGUCCUCACCGGCGACGAGUUCCGGGUGAAGGGGCGGACCGUGGAGCUGCCGUGCGGGCUGACGCUCGGGUCGUACAUCACGGUGGCCGCCACGCCGCGCGCGGCGCAUGCCGACCGAGAUCCUAAAAUCACGCUGGUGCGGGAGGGGGACGAGCCGAUCAUGGUGUCGCAGUUCAUGAUGGAGUUGCAGGGGCUCAAGACGGUGGACGGUGAGGACCCGCCAAGAAUCCUCCACUUCAAUCCUCGCCUCCGCGGCGACUGGAGUGGCAAGCCUGUGAUCGAGCAGAACACAUGUUACCGAAUGCAGUGGGGAACUUCUCUCCGCUGCGAGGGCUGGAGGUCCCGUGCUGAUGAGGAGACCGUGGAUGGGAUGGUGAAGUGUGAGAAAUGGAUUCGAGAUGACGAGGAGAGGUCAGAACAAUCAAAGACGUCAUGGUGGCUCAACCGCCUCAUUGGCCGAACAAAGAAGGUCUCUGUUGAUUGGCCAUACCCGUUUGUGGAGGACUGCAUGUUCGUUCUUACUCUUACCGCCGGGUUGGAGGGUUACCACGUGAACGUUGAUGGACGACACGUCACAUCAUUUCCGUACCGCACUGGAUUUGUGCUUGAAGAUGCCACUGGCUUAUCAUUGAAUGGGGAUCUUGAUGUGCAAUCGGUGUUUGCAGGGACUUUGCCCACUGCACACCCUAGCUUUUCACCUCAGAAACACCUAGAGAUGUUGCCUAUUUGGCAGGCCCCUCCCCUUCCAGACGAACCAAUUGAGAUUUUCAUUGGCAUCCUGUCAGCAGGCAACCAUUUUGCUGAACGUAUGGCUGUGAGGAAGACAUGGAUGUCUGCUGCCCAGAAGUCCUCGAAUGUCGUGGCCCGUUUUUUUGUUGCCCUGAACAGCAGAAAAGAAGUCAAUGCAGAAUUGAAGAAAGAGGCAGAGUUUUUUGGGGACAUUGUUAUUGUGCCAUUCAUGGACAGCUAUGACUUAGUUGUUCUAAAGACUGUGGCAAUAUGUGAAUAUGGGGUGCGUGUUGUUUCCGCUCGAUAUAUAAUGAAGUGUGAUGACGAUAAUUUUGUUAGACUUGAAUCAGUGAAGGAUGAACUUAAGAAAAUACCAAGAGGUAAAAGUCUCUAUGUGGGAAACAUGAAUUAUCACCACAAGCCAUUGCGCACUGGGAAGUGGGCUGUCACUUAUGAGGAGUGGCCAGAAGAGGAUUACCCAACAUAUGCAAAUGGUCCUGGCUACGUUAUAUCUUCUGAUAUUGCUGCUUCCAUUGUGUCAGAAUUUACAGCUCAUAAAUUAAGGCUCUUCAAGAUGGAAGAUGUGAGCAUGGGCAUGUGGGUUGAGCGGUUCAAUAACACCAGACAUGUUCAAUAUGUUCACAGUAUCAAGUUCUGCCAAUUUGGAUGCAUAGAUGAUUACUACACUGCACAUUACCAGUCACCGAGGCAAAUGCUAUGUUUGUGGGAUAAGCUGCAGUCUGGGAAAGCACAAUGUUGCAAUAUGAGAUAGCGACAAUGAAACUGGCAGCAUCGAUCCCCUUCGAUUGUGUUAGUGGUCAUUCUUCUUUGCUACAUGAUGAUCCUGAGCCCAAGAUCGAAGGACUGUUUUGCGAUGAUAAAUUAAGUCCUCAGAUGACUAACAAAUGGCCAUAGUUUCUUGCUUUUCAUGUAGAGAUGACCGUCGAAACUUUCAGCUAGAAACCAACUCAGGGAAUGAAUACGAAGUUCAGUGGGCACUAAUAGAACUGCUCAAGGACUUCAUCUGUACAUGUGAAGGGUAGAAAGCUUAGUUGAAAUUGUUGCUACUCUUGAUAUGCCUGAUUGUGGUUGAAAGUCAUGAACAACCCAUCAGGUACGUAGAACAUCUUGGCGUUUUACUCAAUUUGUCGCAGAAUUUUUGAUUUGACAUGGUCAUAAGUUAUGACAUGUAUUUAGUUCUGGCUGCAAACAUCUUGCAUGAGUUCAUGGAGUAUCAGAUUUUUCUUUUCCUUCUUGUUUUUAGAUUCAGGUUGUAUCGCUGCAGCUCGAGUGUUCAUACGUAUUAAUUUGAAAUGUACGUACAUAUAAUAUUUUUGUCGAGAAAUACAGUAUAAAUA